UCAAAUUAUGAGAAAUGUUUUGAGGCAAUUGAAAACAACAUGAUCAAAUAUUCGAGUUUUUGGUGCUUCCUGAAAUGCCUCUAUCGAGUGAGACUAUGGCCUGUCAGCAUUAAAGAAAAGUCGGUCACAAGCAUAACCAAAGGUGCUCCUUUUUUCUUUUUUUUUGCUUUGCCCCAUUGUCCAUGGAUGAAACAGUGGAACAUGAGCUGAACCUCAAUAAUUAGUGAGAAUUUGUGAUGGGUUUUCUUUUUUUUUUUUAGGAAGCAUAAAGUAGAUAUAUCAGAGUCCCAUGCUAUAAACCCAACAUUACAAGAGUCCUUUCUUUCCUCCUUUUGAGAGUGUUUUUCUCAACACAAGAUGUGAUCCGACCUCCUUUUAUCUUAUCCUUUUCACCAUCCUCUCUUCACCCUAAUUAUUUACUAUAAUUUUGUAGGCAUAAGCAUAUGAGGGUGAAACACAAUUAUCUUUUUAUUUAAAAAUUGAUGAGUAAACGUGAGUAACUCUAAAUAUUAAAUAUUACAAUAUUAACAACAGAAGUAUAAAGAUUGAAUUUGUAAGAAAGAAUUAGUGAAUUAUGAUAUCCUAUAAAUAGAAACUAGGAUCCACUAUGAAUUUGAGAAUAUUAAAUCUAACUUUGUUUUUUGUUGAUGUAAUUUCAUUGAUUAAGAAGUGUUUGUUGGUGGAAGGUAUUGAAUGGUUGCUUCUACUAAUAUUUGUUAAAUGAUUCAACAGUAUGAAAGAUCACUUAACUACCAAGCUUAAGUUUGUAUCUCUUUUUUUACAAUAACACACUUGCAACAACUUUAGUGUUUUCACAAUUGAAAAUAUACACAAUAUAAUAAAAAUAAAUAAAUCAAAUUAGAUUAUAACUGAAUAAUAAAUUCAUAUUAAAAUUAAAUAACCUUGAUUGAAAUGUAAAGUUGUUUAAAUUUUAUCAUAUAUAUUUCUAAAUUAUAAAUAAAAGUAACGUCUCUUUCAGGCUUUCUUCGUCUUCUCUUCCCCACCAAAGAUUCCAAGGAUAAUGAAAACCAAGUAGACCUCCCCUUGGUCCCCAUUUUCUCCCUCUAUAUUAAUUUUAUCUUUGUAAAUCUACUCACAAUAGCCCCCUCCCUUGAAUUGAAUACUUGAAAAAAAGUCCAACGAUGCCACCCAUUCACUCCAGUCCAUAUUUCCAAAUGGAUAAUCCGGCAAUACUGUCUUUGCUCCGGCCAACUCCCGGCGAAAAGCACCGCAAACCCACCAGUAGUAGUGGCGGUCUCUUGCGCAUGUUCAAGCUUUUCCCCAUGCUAACCUCCGGGUGCAAGAUGGUAGCACUAUUGGGUCGACCCCGGAAGCCAAUGCUUAAAGAUAGUGCUACAACGGGUACAAUUUUCGGGUAUCGUAAAGGCCGAGUUUGCUUAGCCAUACAAGACGAUCCCCACAGCGUGCCCAUAUUCGUGAUUGAACUACCAAUGCUAACCAGCUUACUUCAAAAGGAAAUGGCGUCUGAGAUUGUGAGAAUAGCGUUGGAGAGUGAAACCAAGACGCAUAAGAAGAAAGUGUUGGAGGAGUUCGUGUGGGCAGUGCUCUGCAAUGGCAGAAAGAUGGGCUAUUCUAUUAGAAGGAAACAAUUGUCGGAUGACGAGCUUCAUGUCAUGCAGCUUUUGCGAGGGGUUUCGAUGGGUGCUGGGGUGCUUCCUAGCCCAAACGACAAGGAAACAGUGACGGCCGAUGGGGAACUGACGUAUAUGAGAGCUAGAUUUGAGAGAGUGGUGGGAUCAAAGGACUCGGAAGCUUUCUAUAUGAUCAAUCCAGAUGGUGCAGCAUCUGGUCCUGAGCUAAGUAUUUUCUUUGUAAGAUCUAAUUAGAAUUUCUUUUUGUGUUCAUUUAGAUACUUGGAUAUUUUACUUGUGUAACAUAUCAACUUUUUCUCUUUAAUGUUUGUGAAUUACAUGAAUGCCCCAAAAACCAGGCUUCCCUUCUCUCAAAA